UCUGUCCUCCAAAAUCAGACAAAAAGGAAUGUACUUCUAGUUCUUUAUCUUCUUCUUCUUCUUCUUCUUCGCUAAAUUGUUAAAACAAGUGUUGAAGAAGAAAAUAGCGGUUGGUUGCUCUUCUUUCCUUCUUCUUCUUCUUUCUACUUCUUCCACUUUGACUCUCGAAAACUCAAGUGGGUUUUAUUGCUUCACACUGGAAAUUUCAUUUUCUUACAUUAAAGUAGAGCUUAAGAUUAACCCCAUUUAAAAUCUUCAUUUCUUAGUCCCUUUCUGAAUGAUUACGAAAAAUAUUCUCUCUGAUUUUCAAAGGGUUUUCUUCUCUUUUUUUCUUUCUGUUUCUUUUCGUGUUCGUUCUCCACACAUCCCUUUCUUUCUCUCAUUAUAGAGACACGUAAGUGUAAUAUAUAUAUGCUUGUGUAUUUUUGUUCUUUUUUUCUCAUUUUAGUGUUGCAGAGACUUUUGUGUUGUUAGUAUAUUCCUGUAUUUUCUCCAAAGUAGUAAAGGGCGUUUUGCAUUUUCGUUUUUGUUGAGUUUUCUGGUUGAAUUUUUUUUAUUGAAUUUUGAGAAAUAAAAAAAUGGGUUUCUUCAGUAUCUGGCAUUCGUAGGCAACUCAUCGUGGAUCUGGGAUUUUUAAAAUACUUUUUGUUUCGCUAUCCGUCUUCUUACCUUCUCUCUAAAAGCUGUUUGAGGACGGUGUCUUGUAGCCGUAUAAAGUUUCCCCCAAAUAGAGAUUUGAGUUUUUGAGUUGAAAAUGCUUCUAUUCAACUUUUGAAAACUUGAACCUUCUAUGGUUAUGGAUCUGGAAAGUGGAGUUGUUAAUGAAAAGAACGCGAAGAAAGAUUCAUGGAAGACGAUUUUGAUGAUGGCUUAUCAGAGUCUUGGGGUUGUUUAUGGAGAGUUGGGAACUUCGCCUUUAUAUGUGUAUAGGAACACUUUUGCAGAAGAAGAUAUCAAUCAUACCAAGAGCAACGAUGAGAUUUAUGGGGUUUUGUCCUUUGUUUUCUGGACUCUCACCAUUGUUCCUUUGCUCAAGUACAUAUUUAUCGUUCUUAAAGCUGAUGAUAAUGGGGAGGGUGGGACAUUUGCUCUGUAUUCGUUACUGUGUCGACAUGCUCGAGUUAGCUCAUUGCCUAAUACCCAGUUGGCUGAUUCUGAACUUACUGAGUAUAAGAUGAAUGUCCUUGGUCCACCAUCUCAACAAAGUUUUGGAUUUAAACUCAAAUCAGCAUUAGAAAAGCGUCGGGUUCUGCAGAAAUUCUUGCUUGUUCUUGCUUUAAUUGGGACUUGCAUGGUGAUAGGGGAUGGCAUCUUAACUCCAGCUAUUUCUGUUCUUUCGGCGGUUUCUGGUCUUGAGCAUACCAUGGCAAAAGAACAUCACCAAUAUAUAGUGAUCCCAAUUGCAUGCAUCGUACUGAUAUGCCUGUUUGCUCUUCAGCACUAUGGCACGCACAGGAUUGGCUUCUUGUUUGCUCCCAUAGUGAUAGUUUGGCUAUUGUGUAUUAGUGUUAUUGGCCUUUACAAUAUUAUCCAUUGGAAUCCCCGUGUUUAUAGAGCAAUUUCUCCUCGUUACAUGUUCCAAUUUCUUAAGAAAACCCAAAAAGGAGGCUGGAUGUCACUUGGUGGAAUAAUGUUGUGCAUUACUGGUUCGGAAGCGAUGUUUGCUGACCUUGGUCAUUUUUCUCAGUUGUCAAUUAAGAUUGCUUUCACUUUUAUGGUUUAUCCAUCUCUUCUCCUAGCAUACAUGGGGCAAGCUGCUUAUCUGUCUCAACAUCAUCCCUCUUCAAAUGAACAUCCAAUUGGAUUUUAUGUAUCUGUUCCUGAUAAAUUGAAGUGGCCUGUCCUUAUAAUUGCCGUGCUUGCAGCAGUAGUCGGAAGUCAGGCUAUAAUCACCGGAACUUUCUCGAUUAUAAAGCAGUGCUCUGCUUUGGGUUGCUUUCCUCGGGUCAAAAUUAUUCAUACGUCUUCGAAAGUUCACGGUCAGAUCUAUAUCCCAGAGGUCAAUUGGAUUUUGAUGCUGUUAUGCUUGGCAGUUACCUUAGGUUUCAGAGACACUAAGCGCUUGGGCCAUGCCUCAGGUUUGGCAGUGAUAACUGUGAUGCUUGUUACUACAUGCUUGAUGUCGCUCGUUAUUGUCCUGUGCUGGCACCGAAGUGUAUUUCUUGCAAUAGGCUUCAUCUUCUUCUUUGGCACCAUUGAAUCUCUCUACUUCUCAGCUUCUCUCAUAAAGUUUCUUGAAGGAGCUUGGGUUCCUAUUGCGAUUUCUUUUGUAUUCCUGAUCGUUAUGUAUGUCUGGCACUACGGAACUCUUAAGAAGUUUGAAUUUGACAUCCAAAACAAGGUUUCUAUUAACUGGCUACUUAGUUUGGGUCGCAGCUUAGGCAUUGUAAGAGUCCGUGGGAUUGGUGUUGUACAGACAGAGCUUGUUUCGGGUAUCCCUGGUAUCUUCACCCACUUUGUCACUAAUAUCCCUGCCUUCCAUCAAGUUCUUGUUUUCCUUUGCAUCAAACAUGUCCCAGUGCCACACGUUAGACCAGAAGAACGGUUUCUAAUUGGUCGUAUUGAUACGAGUGAAUACAGACUCUAUCGGUGCAUUGCACGAUAUGGGUAUCGAGAUGUUCACAAAGACGACGUAGAGUUUGAGAAUGAUCUUAUAUGCAGCAUAGCAGAGUUUAUAAGAUCAGGGACUCCACAGUCCAGUGAUUGUAAACUGGACUUUGAUAAAGACGGUGAAAAGAUGUCAGUCGUUGGGACAUCUUCUAACCAUGAAGAUAGGAUUCAGAUGGCCGAGACAGAUAACGAGGAAGACUCUGAAGAACUGUACCAAGCUUCAGAUACAAGAGAAAUAAGGUCACCAACUCCAGUCCAAUUGAGAAAAAGAGUACGCUUCAUCUUACCCGAGAGCCCGAAAAUCAACACUGAUGCAAUGGAAGAAUUACAGGAGCUAAGGGAAGCAAGAGAAGGAGGAGUAGCUUACAUAUUAGGACGAUCACACAUGAAAGCAAAACAAGGAUCGAGCAUGCUGAAAAGAGUGUCGAUUGACUUCAUUUACGAGUUCUUGAGAAAAAACAGCAGAGAAGCUGACUUCCCAGUAGGUUUAUCACAUUCAUCAUCAACACUUGAGGUGGGUAUGAUGUAUCUUGUUUAAUUUUGACCAUAGUACCAUAUUUCUAUGUACAUAUGGGUAUAGAAAGCUGUAAUAUCUGUAAAAUAAUGAAAAGGAAAAGGAAAAAAAUGCAUAGAAAAUUCAAAGUGUGGAUUUGAGAAAAAUGAGAAGAAGAAAAGAAUCGAUCCUUUUGUUAAUGAAAAAGGGUUAAGAAAAACUUUUUGUACUAACAUAACUCAAUUAACCUUUUGAUAUAGAUGCAUAUUAGUUUCAUUUA